AUGGCAGCCUCCAGCGACCUGCAGGCUCUGCAGCUUGAGAAUCGGAACCUGCAGCAAAAGCUCGACUGGAAGCAGCUCAAGAUCAACGAGCUCGAGACGAAAGUUCGCGAUCUCCGCGGUGGCGGCCUCGCCGCCGACCUCGGGCGCAUCGAGCGGUCCAUCGGCCGCCUCUCGCUGCAGAUGGAGCACGUCCAGCUCGUCAUCAAGAAGCCGGAGUGGUCGUUUCACACCUUUGCGAUGCCGGAGAAGACCGCCUCCUCGGCGCACACCAUCUUUGUCCGGCCGCCCAGCGGGGACCGGAUCGAGGUCACCAUUCCGCCGGGCAAGCAGCCCGGCGAGGUCUUCACCGUCAUGCUCAAGGACGAGGACGCGUACCCGCCGGACUGGCCGUGGCACGCGGCGCCGCCCGCGGCGCCCGCGCACUCCGCGCCGCCGCCGUGGGCGGAGGAGCAGCAGCAGGAGGAGGAGGGCGAGGACGGGGAGGAGGGCGCAGGCGAGGAAGGCGCAGACGAGGCGGCCCUCCGGAAGAAAGCCAAGGCAAAGGCCGAUGUCGAGCGGCGCAAGGAGCAGCGGCACGCCGCAGCCGCGGCGGCAGGCCGCGUGCCCGGCCAGCAUGGCAACCCAAACUGCCGCGCGCGGCCGGCAGAGCCGGAGGGAGGCGCGGCAGGAGGUCCCUCCUCCUCGCGCAUGGCUGUGGAGUGA